CUAGGAUCCUACAAAAAUAGACAUAAAAGCAUUGCCAUUAACAUAGCCCUGCUCUGUUUUUCUUCAAUCAAAUUCUCUCUCUCUUGCUGACAUGCUGUGAUCUGAUUCUACGGGUUCUCUCUGCUCUUUUUUUCCGAUCUAUCAGUCUCAGGUACGCACGCUCUCAAAUUGUCCCAGAUCUCACUUUCGUUUCCCUCUCUUUUCAAUUUUUACUAUUACACAUUCCGAUCUGAAUUGUAUUUUCUUUCAAGAAAACCCAAAAAAACAUAACCAUGAAUUCAAAUUACGGGAAAUCCAGCUUCGACUUCGAUCUCGGAAUCGGAUCUUCCCGACCCAAAUCCCUAAACGAACAGAAAAACCAUUCCUAUUCCUCUUCUUCUUCUUCUUCUUCCUAUACCUCUUCGUUUUCCUCCACCCAACAACCUAAACCCGCGUGGCAGCCCAACAAGCCCUCCUGGACCCACCAGCCCGCUCCGACCCAACCCGCCACCCGCCCCGGCAUUUCCUCCGGCCCCACUUCUUCCAUGGUCGGUGACAUCUUCGGCAAGACCUGGUCUUCCUCCUCUGCUUCCGGUUCGGGUAUUGGUAUCGUCGAAAAGAACCCGAAUUUGUUCGGGGAUUUGGUCAGCUCGGCUCUGGGUGGACAGAGCAAGACCAAUUCCAAUGUCCCUUUGAAGAACUCCACCCCAUCGUCCAAUAAGACCUCGUUUUCGAUGGGAAACAUGGCUGAUUCAUUGCCAAAGUCUGGUAGUUCGGUUAACACUGGUGGGAAUUGGGGUUCUUCUGGGAGUUUCACAAGUGGGUUUAAUGCUGGUUAUAGCAAUAUCAAUAGUAAUACUAAUAGGAACAAUGAUAAUAGUGUUAAUAAGGGUUCCAAUCUUGGAGGCCCUUCGAUUCGUAGUGGGGUUGGGAUGAGUGGGAUGAAGAGCUCUAAUAAGGACCCAUUUGGUUCUUUGGUUGAUUUCGGGUCAAAACAAUCCGGUCCUAGUGUUAAUUCUGCGAGUAAAAGUAGUGUUAGUGGUAGUACUGGUAAGGUUAAUGCUGGUGAUGAUGGUUUUGGGGAUUUUCUGAAUGCGCCCAAGUUUAAUUCGAGCACAAAGACAUUUCCUUCUAGUGAUUUUAGCUCGAGUAAUAAUGAUUUUAUUGGAGUGAAUUCGGGUUCUGAUUCAAAAACGAAUGAUUUUGGGAUCCCUGGUGUGGAUUUCAGUUCUAAGAAUCAGACACCCGUUCAGAAUUCUGGUGGUGAUCCGCUAGACAUGUUGUUCUCAUCAUCCUCUGCUUCGGCCGGGGGUGCUGUAGGAGGACAGCAAAAAUCAGAAGUUGAUGAUUGGGGGUUGGAUACAGAGUUUGGAGGAGGAUUUGGAGAACAUGAUGCGGGUGGUUCUACAACUGAGCUUGAAGGGCUUCCGCCCCCACCUGCUGGAGUGUCGGCUUCAAUGGCUAAGAACAAGGGUAUGGACAAUUACAAGCAAGGGCAAUAUGCUGAUGCGAUUAAGUGGCUUUCUUGGGCUGUAAUUCUUAUUGAGAAAGCUGGUGAUGAUGCUGCCUCUGUGGAGGUUUUGUCGAGCAGGGCAUCAUGUUACAAAGAGGUUGGGGAGUAUAAGAAGGCUGUGGCAGACUGUACAAAGAUUCUGGAACAUGAUGAAGCAAACGUGUCUGUCCUUGUACAGCGUGCACUUCUCUAUGAAAGCAUGGAGAAGUACAAGCUGGGGUCAGAAGACCUUAGGACUGUUCUGAAGAUUGAUCCUGGUAAUAGGAUUGCAAGAAGUACCAUUCACCGCUUGACUAAGUUAGCAGACUAGAGGACUUUUUUUUUUCUUCACUCAAUAGCCUUUAUAUAUAGGUUGAUACUUUUUCCCCUUACCAUCAAAAAUUUGUGGGGGCAUAAUAACAUUUCGCCUGGAUACGUGAAUGUUUUUGAAGAUUUCGCCCUUUGGAUUGUUUCACAUGUAUGAUGUAUUUUUUAUUUGUUUUA